GAUCAACCAUUGGGGCGGAGAGUUUGGGAGGGAGUUAAUUUACAUGGAAAGCUUUAUUUUCAAGUAAAGAAUUCUGGACCAUAGGGGGGGGCAUGGCUCCCCUGGUCCCCCGGCUCCGCCCCUGUAAAUAGGGAUAAGAUGGCACCAGUAUUAGUCUCUUCAUCUUUAGCUGGUUUCUUCUUUCCCCCCUUUUUCAACUGGUUCCACUAGCUUCUUACGCAAAGAAAAUGGGUUCAAAGAUUUGCCUGCCUUUGAGUCUUUUACUGGUUUUUCUUCUCAUCUCGUUGACGGUGGCAGCUAAGAGGUCUGAUAAGGUGAUCAUAGAACCAAAAUCUGAGAAGGCAGCAAAGACUUAUGGAAUCAGUGAUGCCAAAUAUGGAGAUUACGGUGGAGGAUUUAGUGGAUACCCGGCUGGUGGGUAUGGUGGAUACCCAGGACGUGGAGAGUUUGGUGGAUACCUGGGCGGGGGCUACGGUGGAUACCCGAGAGUACCCAGGUGGAUAUCCAUAUCCGGGACGUGGAGGAUAUGGAGAGUACCCAGGUGGUGGGUACCCGGGCAGCGGCGGGUUCGGAGGGGACUACUGUCGAUUUGGUUGUUGCGGUGGCCGUGGAUACUUCGGAGGGGGUUGUGA